GAAGCUAAUACAUUCUGAUUUCAGUUUAGCAGAGAAGAUAACAAAAGCAUUUUAUAUCAUAUCCUGAAUCUCUGUUUAUAUUUACUGUAAUUUAGAAAUUAUAAGUGGAAAAACGCGGGGGCUUUCCUUUCGGGGGAUAGUCUGUGACAAUGGCUUGUCGACAGCAGCGGUGCGGGUAAUUUCAGGAAGAUUUUGUUUGGAUUCGGCAGCUAAACUAGCUUUAAGGUUAGCUGCUUUGGAUCAGAGAUAAACAGAAGCUUUUUUUGUUUUGUUUUUUACUUCCAAAAUCACCUCACACGGAUUACACCACUAAUCAGGGAUGGGCAGUUUGGGCAGCAGGUUGCAGUCUUCGUCGCAAGCACUCGAGGAAGCUGCAGAGGGUGCAAGUAGCGGCCACAAGCAUGGAUGUGAGUGCAAGAAGAGGAAACGAAAUGCCCAAUGUGACUGUGAAAGUGAACAAGAGGAUGAUGACAUUGUACUUGAUACACCUCGCCGGAAGAAACUGAAAAGCACUUCAAGGUACAUUUAUCAGACCUUGUUCCUGAAUGGAGAAAAUAGUGACAUUCGUAUCUGUGCUUUGGGACAAGAAUGGAAUCUCCAUAAAGUGUACCUAUGUCAGUCAGGGUAUUUCUCCAGCAUGUUCAGCGGCUCUUGGAAGGAGUCCAGCAUGAUGGAAAUCAGCUUGGAGAUUCCAGACCACAACAUUGACACAGAAGCUCUACAGGUUGUGUUUGGAUCCUUGUACCGGGAUGAUGUUCUAAUCAAGCCCAGCAGAGUUGUUAGCAUACUUGCUGCUGCUUGUAUGCUGCAGCUGGAUGGCUUGAUCCAACAGUGUGGAGAGACCAUGAAAGAAAACAUCAGCGUGAAGACGGUGUGCGGUUACUAUGCUUCUGCUAAUAUCUAUGGCUUGGAUUCAGUCAUGAAAAAAUGUGUUGAGUGGCUUCUGAACAACCUGAUGACCCACCAGAAUGUCGACUUAAUGAAGGAACUUGGAAUAGAAGUGAUGGAGCAGCUCAUCCAGUCUUCAGACCUGUUUGUGAUGCAGGUGGAGAUGGACGUUUACACUGCUCUGAAAAAGUGGAUGUUCUUGCAGCUCAAUCCGUCAUGGGACGGCCCGAUCAAGCAACUUCUGGCCGACGCCGAUGCCUGGCUGUGUAAACGCAGGACCGAUCUCUGUGAAAUAGAGCCAUUUUUGAACACAGAAGAGGGCUCAUCUUUUUGUUCAGUUUUCAAAUGUGUUCGUCUUCAGUUUAUCAUCAAUGACCUUGCCUCUGCACGCAUCCUGGAGAGAGACAAUAUUUUACCACCAGAUUGGUUAACAGCAGUGUACAAAAACCAGUGGUUCGCGAUGCUCCGGACAGAAUUUGACAGUGACAAUGGCCCACAGGAAGCGAACAAAGAAGAGUUUGAGCUGAACAGUAUGAGGUGUGGAAGGAAGCUGACUAAAGAUGGUGAUUACUGCUGGCGGUGGACAGGCUUCAACUUUGGUUUUGACCUACUGGUGACUUACACAAACAGAUUUAUCGUCUUCAAAAGGAAUACUCUGAGCCAGCCAUGUGGGGGCGCUGUGAGCCUACAACCACGGAGGCAUCUGGCAUACAGAUUACGUCUUGUGUCUUUUGACAGCCGUGGAAAGCUGGUCUGCAGUCGCUCAACAGGUUACCAGCUUCUCACCCUUGAAAAAGACCAGGAGUACGUGGUGAUGAACCUGGACAGCCGCUUAUUGUCAUUCCCGUUGUAUGUGUGCUGUAACUUCCUCUAUACGUCGCCCCAUUCGGACCAGAGCAGAGAACAAGACAGCAGCACUCGCAGCAUUUCCUGAUACCUGUUAAACGGCAGCUAACUGUUUCCAUUCCUGUGGAGGGCCAGUGUUUGCCUUCAGAGCAGCUUCAGUCCUCUUUGGAUCUCUGCCUGUUUACACUGCGACGCUGGCACGUUCUUCAGGAUGCAGCACCUGCAGUUCUCUGGAGAGCUGUUUUGAAGCUUUAGACCUGAAACUGCUGGAUGUUUUGAUGCAGGGCCCUCAUUUUAAAACUGU